CACACUCACACACACACACACACUCACACGCCAGCGGCCGUUCGUCACACACAGAACUUCACCGACUGUAACACAUCAUGAGCACACAGACCAAAUCUGGGAGGAGAACCGUCCUCAAAGACAACAGCUGGAUCAGACGAAACGCUGAAGAGGAUGAACCUGUCGAUCAUGAUCCUAACUUCGGUAAAGUCGUCCUGAGUCAGCAGAGACCAGUGGAUGAUGUCAGCAGCAAGCCGGUGGAGGCCAAAAAACCCCCAGUGAACUCUGGGACGUCCAUCAGCUCCUUAAGCAAGAGAUUCAGUGGCAGUCAGGAGCUGCUCAAUAAAAGCAGCACCACCACGACGAACACGAAAAGCGCCGCGACCGUCCCACCGUCGCCCACCAAGCCUCCGGUCCCUGCCAAGAAUCCAGCGCUGAAGACUCCCAACACAUCCAGCUUCACAGCGCGCGUCUUUUCAGGCGCAAACACGAGCAGCAAAACGUUAAGCCCUGUUAAACCAUCGUUUGGUGAGAAGUUUCCUGAAGUCACAGCGUCUCAAACUACCAACGGACAGGAUAAGAGCAGCAGCGCUGGACCGCCGGCGUCUGUGACCGUCUCUCCGUCAGCAGCUCCAUCAGUCACAGCCACUUCCACCGGAGUGAAGAGUUCAGCCGUCACGACCCCUGUGAAGAGCCCGAGCCGGAGUGAAAGCGUGUCCGUCUCCACACUGGUGUCCACGUCCUCAACGCCGUCCGCUCAGACGACCGUCACAAACACUAAAACAUCCUCCUGGAGGCUGGACGAGACUCCAAUCACGAGACCCGCAGAGAAACCCUUAGCGAGUCCAAAGCUGAGUGAUGUCAGUUAUUCUCCAUCAGCCGCGACCGUGAACACGCGCUACACCUAUCAGACUCCCAGCGCUCCACUGGAUGAUCUCGCUGACGCUUUAUUGCCGAGUCUGUCUGGAGGUGUGCAGUCACAGCCUGUCAGAUCACAAACGCAAGUCAAGACGGUUUAUACGGAGAUUCCCGCUGCGUCACCGACUCUACGCUCUCCUCUACAGACGACACUGGAGUCCUCCAGCAGAACGCAAGUCAAGACGGUUUAUACGGAGAUUCCCGCUGCGUCACCGACUCUACGCUCUCCUCUACAGACGACACUGGAGUCCUCCAGCAGGUCCGUCAGCAGUCGGGAUGUGUGUACGGUCUGUGGGAAACCCAUCGCUGGAGCAGAGAGGAUGAUUCUAGAAGAGCUAAAGAUCAUCAGCCACACGUCCUGCUUCAGGUGUGCCGUGUGUCACUGUGAUCUCGGCGGUCUGGAGGCGGGAAAGUCUCUUUGGGUUCAUCGGGAGCGAAUCAACUGCGCGAACUGCUUCAGUAAAAUCAGAGGUCAGUGGUAUAUCUGAGAUGGACGGAUAUCAAUCUACAUGGAGACAAAAUAAUUAUAGAGUUGAGACAAUAAUUCAACACAGCAGAUGUUAGAAAAUGACAACUGAUUAAGAUUUGUCUGUUCAGAAAUGGCAUAAGGAUAUAAUUAUAUUCAUGAGGAAACUGUUUACAGCAUUUAUAUGGUAAUAAUUAUGAAUGGCACAGUUUUGAUCAUUCAUGAGGGUAUAUAUCUGUUCUCUUAAUAUCAAUAAAUGUAAUUGACAUUAAUGUUUUGAAUGUCACCUGUACACAUGAUAUGAAAUAAUAAAACUAUAUUCUGAUUCUGA